GCGGCGGCUACGGCCAUCAAGGCAGCCAAGCAGAGGAAUCGGAAAGCCAUAUCUAAGGAAAGAGCAACAGCAGCACCAGCACACACACUCACAACAUCCGUUCCUCUUCAGCGGUGCUGCAAAACGGUUCGAUCCAGGAAGGAAGCAAGCAAAACGAAAAAGAUGCUGAGCAAAGUGUUCAUCGUGUCGGCCGCUCUUCUGGCCCUCGCUUCGGCCUCCUGCGACCGGGAGCUGAUGAAGCCUGUCGAAUGGUCUGGAGGUAGCUUCGAGUGGCCGUGCGAAGCCACCAAGAAGAUCUACGUUUCAUCCGGAAAGUACAUCAGCAAGAACAUCAUCGCGACCAGAGGACAGAUCUACAAGGACGACGUCAUCUUGGCUCUGCCCAGGUACAAGCCCGGAGUGCCGGCCACCCUCGCCAAAGUCUCGCUGAAGCAGAAGGGUUGUGAGGCUGUCCUGCAACCGUUCCCGUGCUGGACCUCGCAAGAGGAAGGCAACUGCCAGGGACUUCAAUCCGUCGUCGAUCUCUACUUGGACGCCCAAGAAAUCCUCUGGGUUUUGGAUGUCGGCGUGACGAACACCUUGGAAGCACCGGUCCGUCGUUGCCCUCCGAAGGUUCUCGCCAUUUCCAUGAAGACCGGUAAACUGCUCAAGACUCUGGACUUGUCCGGAUUGGUUGCUCAAGCCUCCAGGUUGCAAUACGUUUGCGUUGAAUACUCCGCCGACGGUCGUCCGUUCGCCUACAUCAGCGACGCCGCCACCCGUUCCAUCCUCGUCUUCGACAUUGCCGGCAACAAGGGAUACAGGGUCAUCCUCCCCAAGGCCAUCGUCGCCGGAAUGAACAGACGCGACGUUCUGUACAUUGCCCUCACCCGCAAGGGAUGCGGUAACAACUUCCUCGUCUUCACCUACCUCUCAUCCGGCCGCAUGUUCCAAAUCAGAACCGACUACCUCCGUUCCGGAUCGACCGCCGGUCGCGUCCAAGAUUUGGGCCCGAAGCCAAGCAAAUUGGUCGUCCUGGGAACCGAUCUGGGAUCUGCCGUGUUCUUCCGUUUCGAGGGUAAACCUGAGAUCUAUCGUUGGGACACCAACACCGCCUUCCAGAAGGAGAACUUCCAGGUGGUCUACAAGUCGCCCAACUGCCUUCUGGCCACCCAAGCCAUGCCCGACCUCAGGAGGCAACGCAUCCGCGUCCUCGAGUCCAACUUCCCCGAUUUCAUUCAGAACACCGUCGGCUGUGGCGCGGUUCAACAAAUCAACCUCAUGUCCGGCAGUUGCAACUAACUCUUCUGGUUUAUUUUUUUCUUUUGAAGUUGAUGAUGAAGAGGAAGAAGAACGAAUAAAGGCAUUUCAUUUCAUGUGAUAAUACAAUUACAAA